GGCAUGACGGUGAAGAGAAACUGGGUCACCGAUCGAAAAUCGUUUAUGUCACAGUUCUGUGGGUUGCUAUUACAUAUUACCAGUGGCUUUCAAUGGAUAGGCCAAUCUCAUUGGAUAUACUUUGUGAUGUGGAAGGCCAGACUGUCCCCCUUUUCGCUCUACGGUCCAUCUGUGCAGCAAUGGAGGCAUGAUAUUUUCGAAGGGGUAGACGAGUUUCACCAGCUGCUUAAGGCUCAGGAUCAUAUCGGAGCAGACUGACCACAUCAAACCGGAUGAAACUAGGUCGGGCUGAAUCAAACCAGACAGACCAGAGCAGAACGGAGCAGACCAGACUGAUCGAGACUAUACCCAGCCCGUCCACGAGGCCUGUUACAGUUUCCUAUCCAGUUGUGGGCUCCAGAGUGGAUGGAAGGAGAUGAUUUUAACACAGAGGCUGUGAUGAACAUCUGUGAUGACCUGAUGGCAGACCAAAGGAUGGACAUCUCGUCUACAAUGACUGACUUCAUGUCCCCGGGGUCCACUGACCUCAUCUCCAGCUCCAUCAGCACUCCUAGCAUGGAUUACACCCGCAAGAGGAAGGGCAGCACUACUGAUUACCAAAUUGAUGGCUUCUCAUUUGAUGACAUGGACCCGGACAAAGAUAAACUGGGAAGUGACCAACAGGGCAGGAUUAAGAAUGCCAGAGAGGCUCACAGCCAGAUCGAGAAGCGUCGCAGGGACAAGAUGAACAGCUUCAUCGACGAGCUGGCGUCACUGGUGCCCACCUGUAACGCCAUGUCCCGCAAAUUAGACAAGCUGACGGUCCUGCGCAUGGCUGUCCAGCACAUGAAGACACUCCGAGGUGCAGCCAACCCCUACACAGAGGCCAACUACAAGCCUUCCUUCCUCUCAGAUGAUGAACUGAAGCAUUUGAUAUUAAGGGCUGCUGAUGGUUUCCUGUUUGUGGUUGGGUGCGACCGCGGAAAGAUCCUCUUUGUUUCUGAAUCAGUCUACAAGAUCCUCAACUACAGCCAGAACGACCUAAUAGGUCAGAGCCUGUUUGACUACCUACACCCCAAGGACAUUGCCAAGGUCAAGGAGCAGCUGUCCUCUUCCGAUACGGCCCCACGAGAGAGACUCAUUGACGCUAAAACUGGUCUUCCAGUGAAGACAGACAUCACCCCCGGCCCAUCUAGACUCUGUUCUGGAGCCAGACGAUCGUUUUUCUGCAGGAUGAAGUGCAACAGGCCCUCUGUCAAAGUAGAGGAUAAAGACUUUCCCUCCACCUGCUCUAAGAAAAAAGCGGACCGUAAGAGCUUCUGCACUAUUCACAGCACGGGAUACCUAAAGAGCUGGCCGCCCACCAAGAUGGGUCUCGACGAGGACAAUGAGCCCGACAAUGAGGGCUGCAACCUGAGCUGCUUGGUAGCCAUAGGCCGCCUGCACCCCCACAUUGUCCCCCAACCCAGCCUGGCAGACAUCAGGGUAAAGCCCACAGAGUACGUCUCGCGGCACGCCAUCGACGGCAAAUUUGUCUUCGUUGACCAGAGAGCCACAGCCAUCCUAGCCUACCUGCCCCAGGAGCUGCUGGGAACCUCCUUCUAUGAGUAUUUCCACCAAGAUGACAUUGGCCACCUGGCAGAGUGCCACAGACAAGUGCUGCAGAUGAGAGAGAAGAUCAACACCAACUGUUACAAAUUCAAGAUCAAAGACGGCUCUUUCAUCACGCUGAGGAGCCGAUGGUUUAGCUUUAUGAACCCCUGGACCAAGGAGGUGGAGUACAUUGUCUCCACCAACACUGUUGUGUCGUGUCCUAUGAUGGAAGGAUCGGAUUAUCCUCAAUCUGCUGCUUCACCACAGAGUAUGGACAGUGUUCUCACCUCAGAGGGUGGAGGAAGGCGGGCACUGCAGACGGUCCCUGGCAUCCCCGGUGGCACAAGAGCAGGAGCUGGCAAAAUUGGACGCAUGAUUGCAGAGGAAGUGAUGGAGAUCCAGAGGAUUCGAGGCUCCUCCCCCUCCAGCUGUGGCUCCAGUCCUCUGAACAUCACCAGCACCCCUCCACCUGACACAUGCUCCCCAGGGGGCAAGAAGAUUCAGAACGGAGGGACACCUGAGCAGCCGAGCACAGGGAUUAUUCCUGGCCCUGAUUCUGUAGGCUACCCCUACUCUAACCAGUCCAUCAUGAGUGACAACUCCCACCUAAGUAUAGACAUCAUGGACGAGCCUGGUUCCAGCAGCCCCAGCAACGACGAGGCGGCCAUGGCGGUCAUCAUGUCCCUGCUGGAGGCGGACGCUGGCCUGGGCGGCCCCGUCGACUUCAGCGACCUGCCCUGGCCUUUGUGAGGAAGUUAAAAGGAAAGAAGGAAAGGGGGAGAGGGAUACUCCCUCUUUAGCACCAGAGCCACUGAUGAAAGAGUUCAGUCAGGUUGAAUUCUGUCUGUCAUGUUUCCUGCCCUCUGUACACAACUACACUGCAAAGAACCUUAGCACAUUUUAAUAGAAAAGGCUGUAGAUACGAAGAUAUGUAUUACACACAAGACUGUAGGCAGACCUUGGAUUCCAAUGGAUUCCCUCCUCCAAAUGAUGCGUUAAGAUGAUCCACUUUGCAGUGUUAGUUGUCUCGCCACGUUUAGAGACCAUUACUCUAACAACAGUCCAGAAAAUGGCAUCUCAAGUUACGGGAUUGCGGUGCUAACAUGUCUACUGAUGGACUGAACUCUGUCUAACAGUGGCUCUGGGCUCUGUCAUUGCCAGCUCAACAGCCAACGCCGAACCAACACAGAACUCCUGAGACAUUCAUAGAUGGGGGUUGAAGUUUAAUGUGGGGCGGAGUGGUGUUGGGUGGGGAGCGCUUGAUCCUUCCGCAGCCCUCUCAACAUCUCUAACUGUACGUCCGAGUCUCCUCGAAGGAUGUUGGUGCCGUACAAACACGGCUGUGGUUGCACUCCCCUCCAAAAAUGGCUUUAUUUUUAGAUGGCUGAUCUCCAGCAUGGGAAAUGAACACACAACCGUUAUCCUCUGAUAAUUUGCUCGGAAGAUUCGUAGAGGUCCUUUAUUCCCAAGCCACAGAAUUCCACAAGCAGAUAGUAUUUCAGUUCAUUUAAAUAAUGACAAAAUCCUUUUUGAAAAAGCCACCUAGCUGCUGUUUCCUUAACUAACGUAAACUUUAUCUUGUUUUUCUAUAAGCUACUCAUCCUCACUAAAUUAUAUUUUCUGUAUUUUUCCUGUAAGUUAAAUUUGAAAGCUAUCAAAAAUAAUACUCCUAAAGCUCUUGUUGUCAUAUGACUUGCUUAGUAGAGGUCUUCACAAGUAAAAAAUGAUGGACUCCAUUAGGAACACCUAACAUGAUGUGCAUAAAUUUGCAUGUGCAUAAAAAAAAUAGAUUUUUAUGCAACGCAAGGACACUCAGACCUGAUCCAAAAUUGUAUUCGAUCCAAACACACCAAAAUAGAGACACUGGCAGCAUGAUGCGCCACCAGUUAAUAUAGUUAAAAGAUGAAGUAAAUAAGAACUUAAACUUCCAUGUUUCUGGACCCAUAUAGCCUGUUAAUCUGAGUCCCUAUCUGACUGACUGUCCUGGCCAAAUAAGUGGCAGGAAAAUAAUUAACUUACUUAGACUUUCUUUUUUUUAUAUCGGACCAUAUGGCUCAAAUUUUGAAAAUACAUAGUGUCAUAUCGGACCGUUUUCCCUUUACUCAGAUGAAUGUAUUCAUUGUUUAACAACCAUUGCUUUUAUAAUGGUUGUGUGUGUGAUGAAGUUUCUUUGGGCCAUUGUGCAUUGCCUGACCUGCGAUUCCGACCGUUGCCACUACACCAAAAUCACCUCACAGCACUAAUCCUGGACAGUUGAGCUGCGUCCCAAUCCCAUACUACAUACUAAUUGUAAGCAGGUUUUCACUAUGUAGUGUGUUCACACUGGAAAAGCUAUCAAAUAAAGUAUAUUCAAAACAGUCA